CACAGCGACAUGGCCGGCCACACGCAGCAGCCGAGCGGGCGCGGGAACCCCGGCCCCGCACCCUCGCCCUGCCCCGGCCCCGGCGCCUCGGAGCGGGUGGCGCUCAAGAAGGAGAUCGGGCUGCUGAGCGCCUGCACCAUCAUCAUCGGGAACAUCAUCGGCUCCGGCAUCUUCAUCUCCCCCAAGGGGGUCCUGGAGCACUCAGGCUCUGUGGGUCUGGCCCUCUUCGUCUGGGUCCUGGGUGGAGGCGUCACUGCCCUGGGCUCCCUCUGCUACGCGGAGCUGGGCGUCGCCAUCCCCAAGUCUGGUGGAGACUACGCCUAUGUCACCGAGAUCUUCGGGGGCCUGGCUGGCUUCCUGCUGCUCUGGAGCGCCGUCCUCAUCAUGUACCCCACCAGCCUGGCUGUCAUCUCCAUGACCUUCUCGAACUACGUGCUGCAGCCCGUGUUCCCCAACUGCAUCCCCCCAGCCGCGGCCUCCCGCGCCCUCUCCAUGGCCUGCCUGAUGCUCCUGACAUGGGUGAACAGCUCCAGCGUGCGCUGGGCCACACGCAUCCAGGACAUCUUCACCGGCGGGAAGCUGCUGGCCCUGUCCCUCAUCAUUGGCGUGGGCUUUGUCCAGAUCUUCCAAGGGCGCUUCGAGGAGCUGAGGCCCAGCAAUGCCUUUGACUUCUGGAUGACACCGUCCGUGGGUCACCUGGCCUUGGCCUUCCUCCAGGGCUCCUUUGCCUUCAGCGGCUGGAACUUCCUCAACUACGUCACGGAGGAGCUGGUUGACCCUCGAAAGAACCUGCCUCGUGCCAUUGUCAUCUCCAUCCCGCUGGUGACCUUUGUGUACACCUUCACCAACAUCGCCUACUUCACGGCCAUGUCGCCCCAGGAGCUGCUGGCCUCUAACGCAGUGGCUGUGACCUUCGGGGAGAAGCUGCUGGGCUACUUUUCUUGGGUCAUGCCCGUCUCCGUGGCACUUUCCACUUUUGGAGGGAUCAAUGGCUACCUGUUCACCUCCUCCAGACUGUGCUUCUCUGGGGCCCGAGAGGGGCACCUGCCCGGCCUGCUGGCCAUGAUCCACGUCAGACGCUGCACCCCCAUCCCUGCCCUCCUCGUCUGUUGCGGGGCCACAGCGAUCAUCAUGCUUGUGGGAGACACGUACACGCUCAUCAACUAUGUGUCCUUCAUCAACUACCUCUGCUACGGCGUCACCAUCCUGGGCCUGCUCGUGCUGCGCUGGAGGCGGCCAGCUCUCCACAGGCCCAUCAAGGUGAACCUCCUCGUCCCUGUCGCGUACUUGGUUUUCUGGGCAUUCCUACUGGUCUUCAGCUUCAUCUCGGAGCCCAUGGUGUGCGGGGUCGGCAUGAUCAUCAUCCUCACUGGGGUGCCUGUUUUCUUCCUGGGGGUCUUCUGGAGAAGCAAACCAAAGUGUGUGCACAGACUCACAGAGUCCAUGACACGCUGGGGCCAGGAGCUGUGUUUCGUGGUCUACCCCCAGGAGGCCCCCGAGGAGGAAGAAAACAGCCCCUGCCAGUCCUCCCCGCUGCCUGCCACGGACAAGCCCUUGAAGACACAGUGAGACAUUGGUGAACCUAAAGCAGCUGUUUCUGUUUACAUGUUGUUUAUU